AUGCCAUUGUAUGGACAUCCCUGGGGCCGUGUCAGUGGUCUCAGGGUCCUGAGAGAGUCCCCCACCUCACCAGUGGCUGGGUCCAUCAGUGCCGCUGCACCUGAGAAUGCCUGCUGUAGAGCCCUCUGCUCCCACAGUGAGGCUGCCCCCAAAGAGGCCAACACUUCAUCAGUUGUGCCUUUUCCCUCAGCCAGCCACCCAAGCUUUAGUACCCAGGUCGCCAUGGAUCGGAUGAAGAAGAUCAAACGGCAGCUGUCAAUGACACUCCGAGGGGGCCGAGGUAUAGAUAAGACCAAUGGUGCCCCUGAACAGAUAGGCCUGGAUGAGAGUGGCGGGGGCGGCGGCAGUGACCUUGGAGAGGCCCCCACACGUGCUGCCCCUGGGGAACCUCGCUCUGUGCGGGGCCCACUCAGCUCUGCACCAGAGAUUGUGCAUGAGGACUUGAAGAUGGGGUCUGACGGAGAAAGUGACCAGGCUUCAGCCACGUCCUCCGAUGAGGUGCAGUCACCAGUGAGGGUGCGCAUGCGCAACCAUCCCCCACGCAAGAUCUCCACUGAGGACAUCAACAAGCGCCUAUCACUACCAGCCGACAUCCGGCUGCCUGAGGGCUACCUUGAGAAGCUGACCCUCAACAGCCCCAUCUUUGACAAGCCCCUCAGCCGCCGUCUCCGCCGCGUCAGCCUGUCUGAGAUCGGCUUUGGGAAACUGGAGACCUACAUCAAGCUGGACAAGCUGGGAGAGGGUACCUAUGCCACUGUCUACAAAGGCAAAAGCAAGCUCACAGACAACCUUGUGGCACUCAAGGAGAUCAGACUGGAACACGAAGAGGGGGCACCCUGCACCGCCAUCCGGGAAGUGUCCCUGCUCAAAGACCUCAAACACGCCAACAUCGUCACACUACACGACAUUAUUCACACGGAGAAGUCCCUCACCCUUGUCUUUGAGUACCUGGACAAGGACCUGAAGCAGUACCUGGAUGACUGUGGGAACAUCAUCAACAUGCACAAUGUGAAACUGUUCCUGUUCCAGCUGCUCCGUGGCCUGGCCUACUGCCACCGGCAGAAGGUGCUACACCGAGACCUCAAGCCACAGAACCUACUCAUCAAUGAGCGAGGAGAGCUCAAGCUGGCCGACUUCGGCCUGGCCCGGGCCAAGUCAAUUCCAACGAAGACCUAUUCCAACGAAGUGGUAACACUGUGGUACCGGCCCCCUGACAUCCUGCUCGGGUCCACGGACUACUCCACUCAGAUUGACAUGUGGGGUGUGGGCUGCAUCUUCUAUGAGAUGGCCACGGGCCGGCCCCUCUUCCCAGGCUCCACAGUGGAGGAGCAGCUGCACUUCAUCUUCCGCAUCUUGGGAACCCCAAAUGAAGAUACAUGGCCAGGCAUCCUGUCCAAUGAAGAGUUCAGGACAUACAACUACCCCAAGUACCGAGCUGAGGCCCUUUUGAGCCAUGCACCCCGAAUUGACAGCGACGGGGCUGACCUCCUCACCAAGCUGCUGCAGUUUGAAGGUCGCAAUCGGAUCUCCGCAGAGGAUGCCAUGAAACAUCCAUUCUUCCUCAGUCUGGGGGAUCGGAUCCACAAACUUCCUGACACUACUUCCAUAUUUGCACUAAAGGAGAUCCAGCUACAAAAGGAGGCCAGCAUUCGAUCUUCGUCAAUGCCUGACUCAGGUAAGCCAGCUUAUCGAGUGGUGGACACCGAAUUCUAA